AUGAUAGUAUGUUAUGUGUGCAAAGAAACUUUAUUUCUAAAACGUAACGGUUUAUUGUUUAGAAUUCAAGUAAGAUAUUUUCAAAAGCUGAAAUACAAUUUUCGAUAAUAUAACACAGCAGACAAAUAAAAAUACAAAAUUACCUGGCACAUUCGCGCACAAUCCAUUUUAUGCAUGUAUGAGUUUACCUGCUUUUUAUUUUACAAGUCACGAGACAGAGAGGUAGUCAACGCUGCUUUGCGAGGACGCCGUGUCAAACUACUUACACAUCACAAUGUCCAUUGUUCGGUGUAAUAUGUUAAAAUUUACAUCAAUUAAAUUGACACGACAUUAUUCAAAAUUCGAGUGUAAAGAGGGCAGACAAGUAAAUUCGGCGAAGAAACCUCCCAUACUCUACGGAGAUGAAGUAUCUCCGCCCGUGAGAUUUGUGAUGAUGACAGCAGCGCACCUCAACAUUCAGUUGGAUUUCCACCCAAUUGAUCUCUUUAAGUCUGAACACAAAAUGGACGCUUUUAAUCAGAUUAAUCCACUUCAAAAGGUGCCAGUGUUGAAAGUUGAUAAAGAUGUGAUCUGUGACAGUCACGCUAUUGCAAUGUACCUUUGUGAAACUACUAAAUCUGAAGAUUUGUAUCCAGGAAGUGCUUUGGCCAGGGCAAAAAUAAAUCAAAUGCUUUUCUACAAUGCGACAACUUUAUUUCCAAUUGACAGUUUCAUACUUUCUGAAUAUUUUUGUGGAAAAAUGCCAUCUGGAGUUAAAGUUGAUGAAUGGUUUAAUUCUCUGCAUUACCUAAAUACAGCUCUGUCGGUUUCUCCAUGGCUCGCUGGAGAUCAGAUGAGGAUUUGCGACUUUUGCUGUGCUUCCACCAUUAGUUCCAUGGAGACGGUCGUUAAUGGAAUCAAGAAAUUUGUUUACUUGAAGAGGUGGAUGGAUGAAUUGGAAAAACUACCUUGUUUUGAAAUCAACAGACGUGGCUUAGAGCGAUUGAAAUAUUUUAUGAGUCUUUACAAGCCAAACUAAAUGAACCAUUUUAUUAUUCAAAUGAGUAGAUGAUUAAAUUAUUGGUUUGAAAAAGCUACAAA